UCCAAACCAACAAUUUCAGCAAACUAAAUUUCACCCUGAAUUAGCUUACAUUCCACAACUAAAUCAAAAUUUUAAUCCUUAUGGUCAACAACGGUAUCCUCAAUAUCCUGUGAACCAACAACAUAAUAGCCAACAUCAAAGAAAUCCUCCUCUAAGGCCACCAAAACCAUCUCAACCAAUGGAUGUAGACGUUAGCUUUAGAACAAAUGCUAUUAACUAUGCAAACCGACCAAUGCCUGGUUUUCACUAGGUCAAAAUAAUUGACAUCAAAAACUGCCUAAACGAACAGCUGUGCUUUUGGUGGCAAAUGCGUUUUCAUUACAACAUCCAAACUGACCGAAUGUCGAUACUGCAGUGCCUUUCAAAAAAUGAUUGACCACCUGUUUUCAUUUAUGUCAAUUGUGAACAGGCAAUUGUGAACAGGCAAUUUUGACAGCUGUUAAAUUGAAGAUAUAAUUAUUUUUAACUAAGUGCGUGAAAGUGUAAAAAUGAAUAAAAAUAGAAAAAUUACAAUAGUAACUGCGGCGUUAUGUCUUAUAACGUCAUUAAAAGCUUGGAAAAAGAAAAGGACUCAGCAAAGGAAACCAAAGCAGUGGUGGAUUAGACCAGGAUUAAGGAAUCGUUGCACCAGUGGAUUUUACUCCACACUUCGAUCCAAGCUGGUUUCUCAGGACCCAAAGUGGUUGAAGAACUUCCUGAGGAUGACUCUGGAAGAUUUCGAUUUUUAGUGGUGCGUCUUACUCCAUAUAUUUACAAAAGAAACACACGAUUCCGUGAAGCGAUCUCGGUCGGUGAAAGACUGGCGGUAACACUACGCUAUUUAGCCACAGGUUAUAACUUCUCGAGUUUGAUGAGUGUUUUUCUAUUGGGGAAAACUACCAUCUGCCAUAUAGUGCAUAACACGUGUAGUGCAAUUUUUAAAGCUUUAAAGGACGAAUUUUUAAAAGUUCCAAACACUCAUGAGGAAUGGACAGAAAUAGCGGAACGUUUUUACCAGCGAUGGAAUUUCCCUAAUUGUUGCGGUGCGUUGGAUGGGAAACAUAUAGCGAUUCAGGCGCCUGCGAACUGCGGUUCUGAGUAUUUCAACUACAAGAAAUACAAUAGCAUCGUUUUGAUGGCUAUGGUUGAUGCCGACUAUAAAUUUUUAUUUGUUGAAGUUGGAGCUUAUGGUCGGGAAUCUGAUGGAGGCGUUUUCGCAAGAUGUGCUCUUUCGACGGCACUUGCAGAAAACAGUUUAAAUUUUCCGCCAGCGAAGUCACUUCCACAUGAAAGUGAUGAAAUGCCAUUUGCCAUUGUAGCUGACGACGCUUUUCCUUUAAAAACAUACUUAAUGAAACCAUUCAGCUUCCGCAAUCAAGUGAUGUCGUACAAAAUAUUUAAUUAUAGGCUAUCCAGAGCAAGAAAUGUGGUGGAAAAUGUGUUUGGCAUUUGUGCAUCGCGUUUUCGGAUCCUCAGAAGACCAAUGGACGUUACUCCCGAACAUGCGACAAUUAUUGUCCUCGCGAUUUGUGUAUUACAUAAUUAUCUAUUAAUACGCAAGUCUAUAUAUAUACGAAUGUCUGACGUAGACAAAGACACAAAUGGCAUUAUCGAUCCAGGUAAUUGGCGAAUGGAGUUGGGGGAAAAUGGAAUGCUUCCAUCAGUUCGGCCAAGCAGUGUUUUAGGUAGACCAGCAGACAGCGCGAUAAAUGUCCGUGAAAGAUUUAUGGAGUAUUUCAUGACUCCUCAUGGAGAGGUUGAAUGGCAAUAUAAUAGGACAAUAUUGCAUAACUCUUCUUUGUAGUUUACUCCUAUCUUUCUCAUUUAUAAAUGUGUAAUUCUAUAAUUUAACUUAUUUUGUAAAU